AUGCCCAAAUUGCAAAAAGCCCAAAUGACAGGCUCCGUCUGUCUGCUGGUGCCUGUGCUGGUGCCUGUGCUGGUGCCUGUGCUGGUGCCUGUGCUGGUGCCUGUGCUGGUGCCUCUGCCGGUGGCUCGCGUCCGCUUUGUGGGCACCUGCCGUACGGCCGUUGGCGGCUGCUUCCCGGCGUUCUCCGCACACUGCUUCUCGGGAUCCCGGCGCUGCUCUCGCCGCCAGGGUGGCUCGCGCUUCGCCUUGCUGGACUCUCUCGGGCCCCCCUCGUGCACCGCUGUUUUGGGGGUCUCAGCCGUGCCGUCACUGCACCAUGGCUAUCUAUCAGCUCUCUCCCGAAAACCUACCCAUGACGGCUAA